GCAUUGUGCAGUAAGGGCACACGUAUAUAACAGAGAGGCACCUGACAUUACACGCCAUAACGCAAGGGCGCCACGCUGCUGAUACUACUACCACCUGACGAAGGCGAUGAAGGGGAAGACGACAAGAAUGAAGAUCCUCGUACUGGUGGCGCCCCUACUGCUGAUAUCCUGUAGGAGCGUGCAAGGAGGCCAAUCUGGAGGACACACUGGGGGCCUCGCAGUUCUGGAGGGCCCCGGAGGCUUCCCACCAGGAUCUCUUGACAUACUACAAAGGACAGGAUCAGUGAAGGCAUUCCUGCACAGCCUCCCUCAGGUGUCUGUGGUGCGAGCUAUCGGGGGCCUCAUCGGUUCCUUCCCCGGGCACUCCAAAGGCACCUCUCUUGGGGGCUUCCACAGAGGCUUCAACGGAGCUUCACCCGGUGGCGUUAAAGGAGGUGCACCAGGCUUCAAAGGGGGCGCUAAAAGGUUGAAUGGUGUUUUCCUGGGGAGUUUCAAAGUGCGUUCACCAGGAUUCAGUGGGAGAUCUCCAGCCUUCAGCAAGGGUUCUGCAGGCUUCAGUACUGGUUCUGCAGGCUUCAAUGGAGGUCCUGAAGGCUUCAAUGAUGAAGACAUCAGUGGAGGGCCUGCAAGCUUCAGUGAAGGUCCUGCGGGCUUCAGUGAGGAUCCUGAAGGCUUCAGUGACGAAGACUUCAGUGGAGGUCCUGCAGGCUUCAGUGGAGGUCCUGAAGGUUUCAAUGGAGGUCCUGUAGGCUUCAAUGGAGGUCCUGCAGGCUUCAAUGGAGGUUCUGCAGGUUUUAAUGGAGGUUCUGCAGGCUUCAAUGGAGGUUCUGCAGGUUUUAAUGGAGGUUCUGCAGGCUUCAAUGGAGGUCCUGCAGGCUUCAGUGGAGGUUCUGCUGGCUUAAAUGGAGGUCCUGCAGGCUUCAAUGGAGGUUCUGCAGGUUUUAAUGGAGGUUCUGCAGGCUUCAAUGGAGGUCCUGCAGGCUUCAAUGGAGGUUCUGCAGGCUUCAAUGGAGGUUCUGCUGGCUUCAAAGGAGGUUCUGCAGGAUUCAGUGGAGGUUCUGCAGGCUUCAGUGGAGGUUCUGCAGGCUUCAAUGGAGGUUCUGCAGGCUUCAAUGGAGGUCCUGCAGGCUUCAAUGGAGGUCCUUCAGGCUUCAGUGGAGGUUCUGCUGGAUUAAAUGGAGGUCCUGCUGGCUUCAAUGGAGGUCCUGCAGGCUUCAAUGGAGGUCCUUCAGGCUUCAGUGGAGGUUCUGCUGGAUUAAAUGGAGGUCCUGCUGGCUUCAAUGGAGGUCCUGCAGGCUUCAGUGGAGGUUCUGCAGGCUUCAAUGGAGGUCCUGCAGGCUUCAGUGGAGGUUCUGCAGGAUUAAAUGGAGGUCCUGCAGGCUUCAAUGGAGGUCCUGCUGGCUUCAAUGGAGGUCCUGCAGGCUUUAAUGGAGGUUCUGCUGGCUUCAAUGGAAGUCCUGCAGGCUUCAAUGGAAGUCCUGCAGGCUUUAAUGGAGGUUCUGCAGGCUUCAAUGGAGGCUCUGCAGGCUUCAAUGGAGGUUCUGCAGGCUUCAAUGGAGGUUCUGCAGGCUUUAAUGGUGGUUCUGCAGGCUUCAAUGGAGGUUCUGCUGGCUUUAAUGGUGGUUCUGCAGGUUUCAAUGGAGGUUCUGCAGGCUUUAAUGGUGGUUCUGCAGGCUUCAAUGGAGGUUCUGCUGGCUUUAAUGGUGGUUCUGCAGGUUUCAAUGGAGGUUCUGCAGGCUUUAAUGGUGGUUCUGCAGGCUUCAAUGGAGGUUCUGCUGGCUUUAAUGGUGGUUCUGCAGGCUUCAGUGGAGAUUCUGCAGGCUUCAGUGGAGGUUCUGCAGGCUUCAGUGGAGGUUCUGCAGGCUUCAAUGGAGGUUCUGCAGGCUUUAAUGGUGGUUCUGCAGGCUUCAAUGGAGGUUCUGCAGGCUUUAAUGGUGGUUCUGCAGGUUUCAAUGGAGGUUCUGCAGGCUUCAGUGGAGGUUCUGCAGGCUUCAAUGGAGGUUCUGCAGGCUUCAAUGGAGGUUCUGCAGGCUUUAAUGGUGGUUCUGCAGGUUUUAAUGGUGGUUCUGCAGGCUUUAAUGGAGGUUCUGCAGGUUUCAAUGGAGGUUCUGCAAGCUUCAAUGGAGGUUCUGCUGGCUUCAAUGGAGGUUCUGCAGGUUUCAACGGAGGUUCUGCAGGCUUCAAUGGAGGUUCUGCAGGCUUCAAUGGAGGUUCUGCAGGCUUCAAUGGAGGUUCUGCAGGCUUCAAUGGAGGUUCUGCAGGCUUCAAUGGAGGUUCUGCUGGCUUCAAAGGAGGUUCUGCAGGCUUCAAUGGAGGUUCUGCAGGCUUCAAUGGAGGUUCUGCUGGCUUCAAAGGAAGUUCUGCAGGCUUCAAUGGAGGUUCUGCAGGCUUCAAUGGAGGACCUGAAGAUUCCAAUGAUCCAGGCUUCAAUGGACGUUCUGAAAGCUUCAAUUGAGGGCUUGAAGGCUUCAGUGACCCCAGGCUUCAGUGAAAGACCUGAAAGCCUCAGUGACCCAGGCUUCGAUGGAGGACCUGCAGAGUUUGAUGAGGGUCCUGACGGUCUUAAGAACAUAAGAACAUAAAAAAAUAAGGGAAGCUGCAAGAAGCAACCAGGCUUACACAUGGCAGUCCCUGUAUGAAAUAUACCUACCUAAUUUUACCUAUCAUCCCCAUCCAUAAAUCCGUCCAAUCUUCUCUUAGAGCUCCCUAAUGUCUUAGUACUAACAACUUCAUUACUGAGUCCGUUCCAUUCAUCUACCACUCUAUUUGAGAACCAAUUUCUUCCUAUCUCUUUCUUAAACCUAAAUUUUUCAAGCUUGAACCCGUUAUUUCUUAUUCUGUCCUGGUUGCUGAUCCUAAGAAUUUUGUUUACGUCCUCCUUGUUAUAACCCUUAUACUACUUAAAGACUUCUAUCAGGUCCACUCUUAACUUACGUCUCUCUAAAGAAUGUAAAUUUAACAGUUUCAGUCUCGCCUCGUAAGGAAUACUCCUCAUCCCCUGUAUCCUUUUAGUCAUUCUCCUUUGUACUGAUUCUAAUAGACCUGUAUCCUUCCUGUAAUGUGGUGACCAGAACUGCACAGCGUAGUCAAGAUUAGGUCUGACCAGCGCCAAAUAUAACUUUAGUAUUACUUAGAGCCUUCUACUUUUAACACUCCUAAAAAUUAAUCCUUAUACCCUAUUUGCCCUGAUUCUGGCCUCUGUGCAUUGCUUUCCUAGACGGAGUUCAGAGCUAACUAUAACUCCUUAAAUCUUUUUCGUACCCUGAACCUGCCAGUUUCGCUGUUUAUUGUGUACCUACUGUGUGGGUUUCCUUUACCUACGCUAAGUACUUUGCAUUUGUUGAUAUUAAACUGCAUUUGAUAUUAAACUCCAUUACCAUGUUUUCAUA